GACCCGACCCGAUGUCGGAGGGGUGGAGGAGGAGGAGGAGGAGGAGGAGGAGGAGGAGGGAGGAGGAGGAGGAGGAGGAGGAGGAGGAGGAGGAGGAGGAGGAGGAGGAGGAGGAGGAGGAGGAGGAGGAGGAGGAGGAGGGAGGAGGAGGAGGAGGAGGAGGAGGAGGAGGAGGAGGAGGAGGAGGAGGAGGAGGAGGAGGAGGAGGAGGAGGAGGAGGAGGAGGAGGAGGAGGAGGGGAGGAGGAGGAGGAGGAGGAGGAGGAGGAGGAGGAGGAGGAGGAGGAGGAGGAGAGGAGGAGGAGGAGGAGGAGGAGGAGGAGGAGGAGGAGGAGGAGGAGGAGGAGGAGGAGGAGGAGGAGGAGGAGGAGGAGGGAGGAGGAGGAGGAGGAGGAGGAGGAGGAGGAGGAGGAGGAGGAGGAGGAGGAGGAGGAGGAGGAGGAGGAGGAGGAGGAGGAGGAGGAGGAGGAGGAGGAGGAGGAGGAGGAGGAGGAGGAGGAGGAGGAGGAGGAGGAGGAGGAGGAGGAGGAGGAGGAGGAGGAGGAGGAGGAGGAGGAGGAGGAGGAGGAGGAGGAGGAGGAGGAGGAGGAGGAGGAGGAGGUCGAGGAGGUCGAGGAGGUCGAGGAGGAGGGCACUGGGGCAAGGACUCCAGGCCUCAUGCAGGGGUAGCACAAUGAACAAAGCCACAUAGA